AUGGAUGAAAGAUUGAAGGACCUCUUCAAAUCAGCUGUGAAGAAUGGGCAAGUCCCUGGAAUCGGAGCCUUUGUCGUCGAUGAAACAGGCUGUUUCAUCUUCAAAGAGACGUUCGGAUCGACUCAGAUGGAUGAUCCGGAUGCACCUGUAUUCGGCGCGGAUACAGUCCUCCAGAUUUUCUCAUGUACCAAAUUGUUGACCACCAUUGCAGCACUGCAACUUAUCGAACAAGGCAAACUGUCAGCCUCAGACCAUGUGGAACGAUACGUCCCGGCCAUGUCAAGAACACAAGUACUCGAUCACAGUGCGCAUGAAGGAGAGGAGGGCUCGGUACCAUCCCUUCGACCGCCCAAAUCAAAACCAACCAUCCUCCAGCUUAUGAACCACACGGCAGGCUUCUCUUACGACUUUCUCGACGGUCCAACACUGGCGUGGCGCACUUCCACAGGCCGGCAACCUGUGCAAUAUUACACCGUCGGUGACUGGGCGGACUUUGAAUACCCUUUGGUCGCCGACCCGGGGACGAAGUACACUUAUGGGAUAAGCACGGACUGGUUGGGCUUUGUGGUCGAGGCGGUUUCAAAGGUGCCCCUCCCCGAGUACAUCAACUCCCAAAUCCUGGUGCCUUUGGAGAUGAAAGACACAGCUGCGGCUCCACGGACAGGGAGGGCAAAGCUCGUCGUCCAUUAUGACAUGGACGACCGCCUAGUUGCUGAUCCAAGCCUGAAGAAUGCUGAAGAACCCGAGAUGUUCGGUGGGGGUGCCUCCAUCUAUUCGACUCUCAAUGACUACGCGAAGCUGCUUGCCACUCUAUUGAACGAGGGGAGUAGCCCUGCGACAGGAAGGACCAUCCUCGCAAAGGAAACUGUCAAGGACUACCUCUUCACGGACCUCCUCCCCUUGGAGGUCGACAAAUCUGGUCUGGGUAGAUUUCAUCCAACAAUACCAAUCCUCUCACGGGAAGGCACACUUUUGCCCUCUCUACCCACCGAUGCCCGCGGCUGCUCAGCGGGUUUGAUGCUAAACCAUAUCGAUAUGCCGCAUGGUCGCAAAGCUGGUAGCGCAUCCUGGUGUGGACUCGGGAAUUUAUACUACUGGAUCGACCCUUCUUCCAAGAGAGCUGGGAUGGUCGGCACCUCCGUAUUACCAUUCCUUAACCCGACCGUUCUACAUUUGUUUGAUGAGGUUGAAAGAGCUGCUUAUGAUCAUAAAGUCAGCGGUGAUCAGGAAGAGAGCAAAGGGGGGAACGUCGUCAUGAUUGAAAACGUGGUUGCGAAGCCAGGGUAA